UACCAAUUUGUGUGAAAAGUUUUAAUAAAUAUAUCUCAUGAACCGUAAGUUUGCGCAACCUAAAUCUUUGCAAAACUCUUUCUUUUAUGUUAAAGUUUGGGCUAAAUUUUGUUUUCCUAAUGGUGAUGGGACAUCCAUUGAAUCAUUAAAAACAGUGAAUGCCCAGCAUAGGAUACUAUGUGAAAAUCAUUUGAAUGAAUCUUCAUUUACCAGCAGCGAUAGGAAAAGACUUAACAAGUUAGAUUAAGAGUGAAUAGAGGAGGAUAUAGACCAAUUAAAAAACAAACAUUGUAGUCCAUAUAGAGCAAGUUAUGACAUCCAAGAACCAUCAACUAGCAAAGGUAUUUUGUAGGACUUGGACGUGAAAAAGUUCAGUGAACUUACACCUCAAAAGCAAAUGCUGUCUAAGAGAUGCAGAAAAAAUCUAUCUGAAAUAGUGAGGCUCUGAAAAAAGUUUCAAGCUCUCUCAAGGCAUUAUUGAACAAAAUUCCAAUGGUAUGUGGAAUCAACAGCCCAGUAAUACAGACAGUAAAAGAAAUCACAAAAGACCAAGAUGUCAAUGAUAAUUUAUGUAAAAUGGCUUUUGAUGAAAUGUCAAUAAGAAAAAAUCUGACAUAUAACGUAAAACUCAAUGCUAAGGCCGUACUACUGUGAUAGCAAACCAUAGUCGAACUUUCAUGGUUAUCGGUGUUCGAAAAUGCUGGAAACAGCCAAUAGCAUUUUACUUCUCAGGAGAUUGUGACACAGCAGACAAGUCAGCAGCUCUUGUCGAGGAGGUACAGUAAAGUGGAGCCACAUAGAGGAGUUUUAUAAUAAAGAUCGCGAGAAUCCCAACCGUGUUUGCUCCAGCUUUAACCCAGCACAACUUACAACCAGUACAGAAUGGCAAACAGAAAAUCAAAGAGCGCCUAGCAGAUCAAAUUUUAAGCCAUUCGGUUGCAGUUGGAAUAUUUGCCAAAAUGAAUGAUGACAAGACGCCCCUGGAACAACUGUCGCUGGACAAGCUUUUCGACUGAACGGAGAUUCGACCGACAGGAAAGAGACAUAAACAUGCUGUUUGCGAUCCUCUUCCCGAUAUUAGUGGCGUCGCAGGAGCCCUGCCCGACGUGUGUACGAGGCAACGAAACCUGUUACAACGUUUCACACGUUUUCGAUAUAGACGCACCAUUCCGAAAUCGCGUAGUUAUCCACAAAUUAGCGCUGUUAAGAUCUAGCAACACCCUAUUUUACAGUUUCGAGCCGAGAAUCACCGACCCGGAGUAUUACAAAGUGGGCUCUAUAAAUAUUGAUGAUCCGACAAACAGCUCGGUCGUUUCCGUCGGCAAAACCAUGAAUUUCGGUACAUUUGAUCUCGACCAGGAUAAUGGGUUGGUUUACUUGGGCGGCGGUGAUGGCAUAUAUGUCCUAGAUACUAAGGUCGACAAAGUUGCGCCCUACAGCUCCCGCGGUGAUUCAGUACUUAGUCUUUUUUACAAGGGAAAUGUCUAUUUCGUUACAUAUGGAGACUCUCGAGUUGUUAAGAAAAAAGGGGACAAUUUCGAAGUUAUCGUUGAACAUACUAUGCCACUGAAAACGUUUGUCGUCAGUAAAGACUAUGUUACUGUAUGUUUGAGUACUUAUGGCCUCUUUGCUAGUAAGAAAGAUGAAAUUGUUUGGUUGAGUUACAACCCAUACUUUCGUGGACUAGCCAUUGACCGACACGACGUUAUAUACACUUGGUGGUUGGACGGAAUCUAUAAGGUUAUCAUAGAGAAGAACUUAUCUGAAUCUAGGAUCGUCAAGGCAGUGUAUAUUGAUGACGUUGGGUCGCUGACCUUUGAUUUGGAUAAUAACUUCAUAUUUACAUCCGGUAAAAGUCUGUACAGGCUGAAUGAUUUGAAUACUACAUGUGACGGAAGUGAGAAAAAAAAGAAAAUAAGGAUUUGAUAUAAUUGGUUAAUUUAUGAUUAAGAUAUUGAUUAAGCCAGUACAAAUAUGUUUUUUUUACUUUUAUGUGAUUUUUUUUGUUUUUGCAUUAUUUUAAAAUUGCGAUUUUGUUAAAAAUUACAGUUAUUUAUUAAUUGUAUUAAAUCUCAAAUGAUAACAAUAAUA